AUGGACGCGACGGAGGACGAGAUCGCGCGCAUGCAGGAGGAGCGGCGCGCCAAGGAGCAGGAGCUGGCGGCGCUGGCGUCGGUGAGCUUCGACAAGGAUCUGUACGGCGGCGGCGACAAGGACCGCUUCGCGGGCUACGAGAUGUCGAUCCCCGUGAUGGAGGACGAGGAGGAGCAGGAUGCCACGGAGCGAGAGGUCGCCAGGAAGCUGGCGUCGUACACAGCGCCCAAGGAGCUGCUGCACGAGCUGCCGCGCGGAGAGGCGGAGGAAGAGCCCGCGGGGUUUAAGAAGCCAUCGCGCAUCAUAGACAGGGAGGACGACUACCGGCGCCGCCGCCUCAACCGGAUUAUCUCGCCCGACCGCCAUGAUGCCUUUGCCAUGGGUGACGCCACCCCUGAUGCCGCAGUGCGCACGUACGCGGACGUGAUCAAGGAGGAGGCGUUGAAGCGCGAGAAGGAGGAGACGCUGAGGCAGAUCGCCAAGAAGAAGGCGGAGGAGGCUGAGAGGAAGGCUGCCGAGCUCUCCUCCGCGCCCAUCAAGGCCCAAGGCGCCGCUGCCGCCCCCGCUGCCGCUGCUGCCGCCCCUGCUGCUGCGGCUCCCAGUGCUGCUGCUGCUGCUGCGGGGAGCAAGAGGAGGAAUCGGUGGGACGUGGCGGGAGGGGGAGGGCCUGGUGCUGCGGAGGUUGAAGCCAAGAAGCCCAAGGCGGCUGAUUGGGAUGCUCCAGAUGCCACUCCCGGCGCUGCUAGUCGUUGGGACGCUCCCACCCCUGGUCGGGGCAGUGCAGUGGACGCCACCCCCACGCCCGGCCCCCGCCGCAACCGAUGGGAUGAAACCCCCUCCCACGGCGGAGUAAUGCCGGACGACGCCACCCCCUCCGCGCUCCCGGGCGGCGGCGGCGCCACCCCGGGGCUGGGCGGCGGGGCCACGCCGGCCGGCAUGGCUUGGGACGCCACGCCGAAGCUCUCGGCCGGCGCCACCCCGACCCCGAAAAAGACGCGGUCCAGAUGGGACGAAACGCCGGCCGGCGGAGGCGUUACCCCCGCGGGCGGCGGGGGCGGCGCCACCCCGUCCGCUGCUGUAGGCAUGACCCCCUCGGGGAUGACUCCGGGGGGGGUGACACCUGGGGGAGCUACACCUGGUGGGUUCGGGGUCACACCGGUGGGAGGAAUGGACAUGGCAACUCCCACCCCGGGUCAAAUCGCCCUACGGGGGCCGCUCACCCCGGAGCAAUUCACCAUGCUGCGAUGGGAGAGGGAGAUUGAGGAGCGGAACAAGCCACUCUCAGAUGAGGAGCUGGAUGCCAUGUUUCCCUUAGACGGAUAUAAGGUGCUCGAACCCCCUGCCUCGUACGUCCCCAUCCGCACCCCUGCGAGGAAGCUCCUCGCGACGCCGACCCCGAUGGGAGGAGCAGGGGGGGGUGCGACGCCGCUGUAUGCGAUUCCGGAGGAGGAUCGGCAGCAGCUGUUUGACGUGGGGAAGGAGGUGCCGGGGCUGCCGAACCUGAAGCCGGAGGACUACCAGUACUUUGGCGCGCUGCUGAACGAGGAGGAGGAGGAGAAGAUGAGCGCGCAGGAGAAGACCGAGAGGAAGAUCAUGAAGCUGCUGCUCAAGGUGAAGAACGGCACGCCUCCCCAGCGCAAGACGGCGCUGAGGCAGCUGACAGACAAGGCGCGGGAGUUUGGUGCGUCCGCCCUCUUCAACCAGAUCCUGCCGCUGCUCAUGUCGCCCACCCUGGAGGACCAGGAGAGGCAUCUGCUCGUCAAGGUCAUCGAUCGCAUUCUGUACAAGCUGGACGAGUUGGUGCGCCCCUUCGUGCACAAGAUCCUGGUGGUCAUCGAGCCGCUGCUCAUUGACGAGGACUACUAUGCACGUGUGGAAGGCAGAGAGAUUAUCUCCAACCUCAGCAAGGCAGCAGGCCUUGCAACGAUGAUUGCAGCCAUGCGGCCCGACAUAGACAACGUGGACGAGUACGUGCGCAACACCACCGCGCGCGCCUUCUCCGUGGUGGCCUCCGCGCUCGGCAUCCCCGCUCUGCUGCCCUUCCUGAGGGCCGUGUGCGCCAGCAAGAAGUCGUGGCAGGCGCGGCACACGGGCAUCAAGAUCGUGCAGCAGAUUGCGAUUCUCAUGGGGUGCGCCGUGCUGCCGCACCUGCGCUCCCUGGUUGAUAUCAUUGAGCAUGGGCUGGGAGACGACAACCAGAAGGUGCGCACCAUCACGGCGUUAUCCCUGGCAGCGCUGGCAGAGGCGUCAGCCCCCUACGGCAUUGAGAGCUUUGACUCCGUGCUCAAGCCGCUGUGGAAGGGUAUUCGUGCGCACCGCGGGAAGGUUCUUGCGGCCUUCCUGAAGGCGAUCGGGUUCAUCAUCCCCCUGAUGGACGCCAUGUAUGCCAGCUACUACACCCGCGAGGUGAUGGUGGUGCUGAUUCGCGAGUUCCAGUCGCCGGACGAGGAGAUGAAGAAGAUAGUGCUGAAGGUGGUGAAGCAGUGUGUGGGCACGGACGGCGUGGAGCCGGACUACAUCCGCACGGAGAUCCUCCCCGAGUACUUCAAGCACUUCUGGGUGCGCCGCAUGGCGCUCGAUCGACGGAACUACAAGCAGCUCGUUGAGACCACAGUGGAGAUUGCUAAUAAGGCGGGGGUGAGCGACAUCAUAGGGCGCGUGGUGGAGGACCUCAAGGACGAGAGUGAGCCGUACCGGCGCAUGGUGAUGGAGACGGUUGAGAAGGUGCUCACCAACCUGGGGGCCGCUGACAUCGACGCGCGGCUUGAAGAGUUGUUGAUCGACGGCAUCCUUUACGCGUUCCAGGAACAGACAAGCGACGACGCGAAUGUAAUGCUCAACGGCUUUGGCACGGUGGUGAAUGCGCUCGGGCAGAGAGUGCGUCCCUACCUCCCCCAGAUCUGUGGAACGGUGAAGUGGCGGCUGAACAACAAGAGUGCCAAGGUGCGGCAGCAGGCAGCGGAUCUGAUAGCGCGCAUUGCCGUGGUCAUGAAGGCGUGCGGGGAGGAGCAGCUUAUGGGGCACCUGGGCGUCGUGCUUUACGAGUACCUGGGAGAAGCAAGAGUGCGGCAGCAGGCGGCGGACCUGAUAGCGCGCAUUGCCGUGGUGAUGAAGGCGUGCGGGGAGGAGCAGCUCAUGGGGCACCUGGGCGUCAGCUGUGCUGAUGAGGGCAUGUGGGAGGAGCAGCUGAUGGGGCACCUGGCUGGGCAUCGUUGCGGUGUCAUGCGUUCAGUGGAGCAGCUCACGGGGCACCUUGGUGUGGUGUUCGCGAGUACCUGUAGCUCACGGGGCACCUGGGCUGGCUCACGUGAUUGGCAUGAUCAAAAUGACUCCCCCUCCCAAUUGUUGCUGAUAUCCACACACCACACCUAUGUGACACACUCUCUCGCCCUCUCCCUCCCUCCAGAGUACCCCGAGGUGCUGGGGUCCAUCCUGGGCGCGCUCAAGGUCAUAGUGAAUGUGAUUGGCAUGACCAAGAGGUUCCCUUCCACCCCUUGCUGCUCAUACCCACACAUUAAUGCCCACCCCACCUGUGUCACUCUCUCUCCCAACUGUGCCAUGCCCCUUCCCCUCCCUCCAGAGUACCCCGAGGAUGUUCCUCCCCUUGCUACUCCUUCCCACACGCACAUCACAACACACCAAUGCGCCAUGCACUUGUGCCACCCUCUCUCUCUUCCCUUAAUCCCUCCAGAGUACCCCGAGGUGCUGGGGUCUAUCCUGGGAGCGCUCAAGGCGAUAGUGAACGUGAUCGGCAUGACCAAGAUGACUCCUCCCAUCAAGGACCUGCUGCCCCGCCUCACGCCCAUCCUCAAGAACAGGCACGAGAAG